CCCUCCCCAACCCCGGCGCUGCAGCGCAAUUGGAAUUGCCGAUUUCUUCCAGUCCGGGGACGAUGGCGCUGGCCUGGACGCCUUCGAGGAGCCCGUCGGGCGUCGGGGGUUCGACGAUCCGGAGCUCCGCGAAUUGGCGCCCCGCGUCGAGCCCUUGCGCGCUGCUCGACGGGCGCCGGUGGCAGAGCGGAGGAGGAGGAGGAGGAGGAGCAGGAGGAGGGGUGGGACGAGACGUUGCGGCUCUGAGGGUCGGGCAGCGGGCCGAGGGGCCCGCGGGGUACCGGGCGCUGGCUGUGAGGGCGCAGAGGAGCCGUUUCUUCAAGAAGUACAAGGAUUCGUCCAAGGAGACGGUUCAAAUGCUCGUGAAGGUGUUGUGCAAGAGCUCGGAUUCUGCCGAAGUGACGCUCGGUAAGCACGGCCGAUGGCUGAAGCCCCCGGACUGGUUCGAGGUAAUGGACGGGCUGGGGAAACGUCGCCGGUGGCAGCUGGCUCUGGAGGUAUUCAGAUGGAUCCAAAUGCAGAAAUGGUACAAACCGGACAAUGGGUACUACUCCAAGCUCAUUUCAAUUAUGGGUAAGGAGGGCCAGUACCGCCUCGCCAUGUGGUUGUUCGCGGAGAUGAAGAAGAUGGGAUGUCGUCCGGAUACGUCCCUUUACAAUUCCGUAAUGGGAGUGCAUCUCCGCAGUGAAGACAAGGAGGUGGGUUUUCAGAAAGCGGCUGGUUUGCUGGAAGAAAUGAAGUCGAAGCGAUCCUGUCAGCCGAAUGUUGUGACUUACAAUAUUCUCAUCCGGGCUGCCGCUCAGCUAGGUCAUUAUGACAAAGUGGACGAAUUGUUCAGAGACUUGUUUGACCGGGACCUGGUUGCCGAUCUGUACACAUACAAUGGGCUCAUGGAUGCGUAUGGGAAAGCUGGGGAGAUAGUGCUGAUGGAGGAGACGUUCAAAAGGAUGAGGGGGGAAAAGCUGAAGCCAGACCUCGUGACCUACAACACUUUAAUAGAUGCUUAUGGCAAGGCGGGAGAGCUGUUGAAGAUGGAGGCAGUUUUGGCUGGAAUGUCUGGACCUCGGAGGGGAGGAAGCUUACAUCCCAGUGUCAAAACUUUCAAUUCCAUGAUCACAAAUUACGGUAAUGCAGGAAUGUGGGAGAAAUCAGAGUGGGUCUUCCAGGAGAUGCAGAAACUGGAUGUCCAGCCCACUACCGUCACAUAUGAAGCUCUGUUAGGUGCUUAUGGCACCUCGGGAAUGUUCUCUAAGAUGAAGGAGUUGGUGAAAACCAUGAGGAUGUGGGGCCCUAGACCUGAAGCCUGUACGCUGAAUCGGAUGAUUGACUCUUACUGCCAGCAUGAUAUGACGGACGAGGCUGAGGCUCUUUUGAAGAAUUCCAUGGAUGAAUUCGGUGUGUACCCUACUUCUUUGUCUCACGGCAUCCUUAUUCGUCAUUACAAAAUCGUUGGUAAGGUGUCAAGGAUACCCCCGCUGUUGGAUCAGAUGAAGUCCUGGGGUUUGAAACCAACCAAGCAAAUAUACCUGGACGUGUUGGAGUCUAUCGGGGUGCAAGUGGAUUACAAUGCAGAGCAAGCUGGAACUGACUUUUCCUCUUCCGAAGGCGAAGAAGAUGUUGAGGAGCUGGCCGCACCUGCAUCAGAAAGUGAGUCUGAUCCUCAGUCACAGUAUAUGGGAGUGAUGGCUGGGAUUUCAGUGUGAGCUUCACAAGAGGGAUUCGGAGUCUCUACCACGCAUAUACGUUCACCGAUGCUACAUUCUUCAAAUUCUAUGCCGGAGCAUACGCACCUUAUGCUGCCUCAUUUUAGCGACUCAACUUGUUGAAGCCCCAUCAUGUGGAUUCGCUUUGGAAAACGUGAUAACAUUUGAUAAGCGAGGUAUUCUUCUCAUUGACCAUAUGACCCAUUUCAUCACCACGUGCACAAUGUAGUCUUUACAGCAGGAGAAGGUUUCAAGGCACUUACACCAGCCAUCGAGCAAUGUCGACUUUAUUCUAUCAGCAGGUCUCCCUCAUACUCCAGCAGACGAGCUGUGGCAGAGCAUUCAUCUAUGCCCGUUGAUGUAUGCCCGAGGUUUGCAGCAUGUGUCUUACGACAGUUUCAACAUGUGGAAAGAAGAUCAUUAGUUGAGAUUGUAAGCCCUUGAGGGAUCAAAUCCCUAAAGGUGUUUAUUUUUCUUGCUGGAGAGGUAAUUUGGAUCCCCUUGUUAUGCAUUGUAAUUAUAGCUGUAACGAGGACGACCGCAGGCAAUUUCUAGUACAGAAGCACCCCUGUGCUUGACUCCGUGUACAGAUGCGGUACGAGCUUUAGGGGCACUGGGCAGUCGCAGUUCACUUUACAGAGGCCCAAAGUACUUGUAGAACUUAGUGUUCUGUAAAACUAACCAUUUGUGUCUUCAAGAUUCGACCAUCUUUGGAUGGAAGUGCGUAGUGAUGCUAAAGGCUCCUGCCUCUCCAUGUGUCUCUAUGUAGAAACACUGAUUUUUGAUGCUCGCACCCGCCUGCCUGGAUCAAAGGUGUUGUCAUGAACCGAUUGGACUUUGAUUACCGACGAUCUAGUGAAGAGCAUCUUACACCGGCUACUUGGCUUCCAAACACGAGCUUCGUAAAUGGUGGGAGUCCUUGCGGUGUAUGACUUGUAUCUUUAGUGUACAGCAGACAAUGCCUCGAAGGCUCACCCACACAUCUUUGUAAAUCUAUGAGGGAUGAGCACACAUUAUUUCAGCAAAACAUGGAGACUCUCCGUGGUAAAUGUAGGCUAGGAUCGUGCUCAUGCUUGACGAUGUGAUCUUCUUACAGUAGACUUAACCACAGUGAUUUAUAGGCCUAAAAGGGCGUUGUUUGUACCAAAUGCUAUCAAUAAAUUUUUCAGCUGGGUCAGUCUAUUCAAACUUUG